GAGGGAGAGAGUUCCAGGCAGUUAUUUGUAGCGACGGCCGUCGUCGAGGUCGACCGCAUACGUACCAGGAUGAUCUGCAGCCGACUGAAGACGGAUGGUCAAUAGGGACCGGAUCCGUGUGAAUCAAGAGGAUGCUAAGCGGCGUGAUCUUGGUGGCUGUUUUGGGACGGGAGUCCUGGCAAUCGACGCCUCGUGGGGCUAGUGGGCGCUCAGUGUUAAGAGAGGGAAGAGGCCGCUCCCCGCCAUGCGAUAGUGCUCGAAAAGGAACGAAAACGGUCAAACACAAGAGAAAUAGGCCAGCAGUCACACAGGCCAGGCGCCGAGGGAGCGCAUUCCUACUACCAGUCACCAAUUUCCCAGAUGGCCGUCGUCAAGCCGCCAAGGCGCGUAGCGACCUGGGUAGACCGAAAGCAGUAUGUUUCGCGGCCAUGGUAUGCGCGGCACUACUUGCACUGCUGGAAACCGGCAUCCUGGCGGCCGGAUGGCAUAGGGCGCAAAUCCGUUUGAAGAAUCAAUUGUCUUAGUACGGAACGUGCAGGGGUAUCCUUCGACGUCGCGGGUGACUAAUCCCAGAGCUGGCAUAUGCAGGACGGCUAAGGCCCAGGAUCUGAGACAAGCGCCAGUGACACCGCCAUGGCGAUCUGGGGAAGAGAGGUUGAUCAUGUUUGUAUGCUGCAGGCGUGACUGACCGCCGUCUGGAGGUAGGGUU